AAAAAAGAUAACAAAAUAAAAAAAACAAGAAAGUAACUGCAACAAGCCGCGAAAGGGAAGUUUUGGCCGGUCUGCUCGUAAUUGGGGUGGUGUUCAGUGUCGUUUGCAGUGUCGCCGCAUGCUCGUGUGUUGAUAUUCGAUCAUCGUCUUUGUUGUAAUUUGUUUUUUAAUUCCUGCAGCUUUGUGAAAGUUUGUCAGAUCGCGGUGGACUGCUUCAGAUAUGACAAACGUUCGCUGUUGGAUCACUGCGUGAUUGUGAGAUACAUUUAUAAGAAGAAAAAAAAUUCGGCAGAUGAAUUUUGUUAUUUAUAUCUUUUAGAUUUAAAAACUUAUGUCUCUUUUACUAUCAUAAAUGAAGUCAAAGUGACUUUGAGAAGAUUUCUUGAAGAUAUUAAGAAUUACUAUUCAAAUUUUUUUAUUAUAUAUAUAAGUGGACGUUUUAUAACUACGUUCUGAAUAUAAAUAUAUUUAUUACAACUUAUGGUGAUCACUAAGUUGAAUUUUGGUGUUCAAGGCUUUGAUUUUGAAACAUUUUGAUGAACAUACUACCAUCAACGAACAGUUUGAAGAGUGAAGCCAUAAAUGAUAUCAUGACAAACUUUUAUAGUGUCAUUCUAAAGUAGAAAAAUCUCCACUCAAACAAUUAAGAAUCCUAAUCUUGGAAGAUUUGUUUUUGAUACGAAUACUUUGAUAGUUUCGCAUUUUCCUACCAAUUUGGAAAAACUUUCAAGCCAUUUAUCUCUUAAAUAAUGCAUGAUCUCGAUAACACAUGCCGAUUAUCGACUUAGUCAUUUCAGUAACCAUGCAUCAGUUAUUUAUCCAAUUCUUCGAUUAAUCACCUUAAAAGUUUUUCAUCUUUCAAUGAUUUCAGAACAAAUCUCUUAUUAGUCAUCUUCCUAAUCAACAUUGGAUUACCCACAGCUGUCCUAUUCCUUACACAGCAUGAUGCCACUGGCACCUUUACCAGUUGUGCCGGUACCUUCCAAACCUAAGAUGGGUUUCAGCAUCGAGGCUCUGGUCGGCAAAGAACACCAAGCAGCAUCCAGUGACAAAUCUUCGCCGCCUAGAUCGGUUUCCAGCCCGGGAGAAGAAAUGAACAAUGGGAGGACUUACAGCCCCAGGCAGCAGGCCCCUGUGGCACCGGUUCCAACGUUCCCGGCCGGCGCCCCAGGGGGUGUCCCGGUGAGUCUUGCAGGGGCUGGCGGUGGUAUGGCUUUCCUUGACUCGAUAUGCGCCGGGGGUCGGCCGGGGCUGUACCAUCCUCAUGAGCAUCCCGGAGGUUACACGGCCUUGCCAGGGGGCUGCUCACCCCACGUGUCGCCCUUCUUUUUGGGACGGGAAACGUAUCCGCUCUACCCCUGGCUGCUAGCGCGACAUCCCAGGUUCUUGGCUCAUCGACUACCAGGUCCCGAUGGAGCCGGCUUCCUACUCCAUCCCUUUCGCAAACCGAAGAGGAUUCGGACGGCGUUUUCGCCCUCUCAGCUUCUGAAGCUGGAGCACGCCUUUGAGAAGAACCAUUACGUAGUAGGAGCGGAAAGAAAGCAACUCGCGCAGAGCCUCAGCCUCACAGAAACACAAGUCAAAGUGUGGUUCCAAAACCGUCGGACGAAACACAAACGGCAAAAGCAAGAAGAAGAACAAAAUAAUCGGCAAUCCGAUCACAAAUCUGGAUCCUCAUCAUCAUCGGGAGAUUCAAAACAUCAUCAACAUCCUCAUUCCACCGGAAGUCAUGAAUAUCCAGACAAGCACAACUGGCAAAAUGGCGACGAUAUGCCCUCCUCUCCUAUUUCGGAUGACGGGUCAAUGGUAGAGAUCGAGAGUGCACCAGAUUCUCCAGAGAUGGCGCCACUGUCGACGUGAGAGAAUAAAAACAAUUAAUGAUAAACAAUUUGCUUUUGAAAUUGCUAAAUUAAACUCUUGGUUUCCUGAGAAGAAUAAGGAUUGUAGCUGGAAUGAGUAUAUAAAAGUCAAACUCUCAGAAAAAUGCACAUUUAUUUUUAUAAAAAAAAAGUAAUGGACUAUGAUAUUCAAUAACUUAUUGCUUCCUUUAUAUGAACAAGUUGUAUAUGAAUUACAAGCCCCGAACAUGUACUAUGUAUAAAGGCUGUUUCUACAUCUAAUAUUAAUAAAACAUAGUAUUUAGAGACUAGCAAGAUGAACUGGUGAAGUGAAAAAAAGUUGAUCAAUUCGUUCCGCGAUUACAACAAAUGUUGCAUCAGAUAAACAACCAUAAAGUUUUUCUUUCUUUUGUUUUAAUCUGUUACUCUGAUGUGAAAUAAUUCUUCAUACAUUGAAAUUCAUGAUCAAUUCUACCUCUGUUUUGUUAUUUAAUGAUAAUAUAUAUAAAACAAUCAUUAAUCUGGCUUUUCUGGUUUUAAAAUUUGUCUUCAUAAAUAUCAUGAAACUUGAUUUUAAUCUGAAUAACAUAAAAAUUAAAUAUUCAGAGUGUUAUUUAGAUAAAUCAAUGGUUUGGACAAGAAUAUGUUAAGUCCAAACUUGAGAUUUACGUGGUAUAUUAUUCUUGUGAUAUAGAAUUAUUUUAAGUCCCAAAUUCAAAAAGAAAGAUUCCUAAUUCAGUACGCAAUUUAUUUUCAAAAAGAAACUUUCAGCAAUCUUUCUAAAAAAAAGCAUACAUUUUCAAAAAUAUAAUAAUAAAUCAUAAUGAAAUUUUUAAUACUAAAUAUAAUAUUAAUUUUUUGACAGUGCGCUUGAGGUUUAUGAAAAUAUGAUGAAUUAUUAAUCAUCAUUAUCUGAGUGAUUAUAGAUUAAAACAACCAUCAAAUGAAAGAAAUAAAGAAGCAUGACUUCUAAAGGAGUAUGCAUAUGCUAAUACAAGAAUGAAGCAAUGUUUCAUUAAUGCUUCGUCAGAAGGAGAGCAUGCUAUAAAGCUGCGAAUUUCUCUGACUGAAAAUGCAAUAAGAACUUUCUGUUGCAAAGUCUUCAACCCAGUGAAAUGCCAAAAAGACAAGAAAAAAAACUUAUUUAUUUAUACGAAUUUGUGAAUUUCAAUUGUUUCAUCUUUACAUUCAUUUACGUUACACAGUCAAUAAUGCAUGUACAAGGUAUUUUGUGAAUAUUGCAAGAGUUGAAUAUUGCAGAGCGAGAAACUUCGCUUCUCAUAAAAAGAAUUGGCUAAAGAACAGUAUUUUCCAUGGCUCGUAGUUUUUUUUUAUCAGUUGCAAAAAAAAAUAUAGAACCGUACUUUAUACGGCUUAUAGAUCUUUUUUGAUUGUAAGAAAAAAAUAAAAAUAGUUGGCUGAAGAACCGUACUUACUGUGGUUCAUAGUUUUAGUUUUUUUUCCCCUUUAAUUGCAGAAAAAAAAUAAAAAUAAUUGGCUGAAGAACAGUAACUUCUACGGCUCAUAGUUUUUUUUUUACUUGAAAGAAAAAGAAUGAAAGGAAUUGGUUGAAGAACCGUACCUUCUACGGUUCGUAGUUUUUUUUUUAAUUGUAAGAAAAAUAAAAAUAAUUGGUUGAAGAACCGUACCUUCUACGGGUCAUAUUUUUUAAUUCUAAGGAAAUAAUAAAAGGAAUUGGCUGAAGAACCAUAUCUUCUAUACCUCGUAGUUUUUUUUAAUUGAAAGAACAAAUAAAAAUAAUUGGUUGUACCUUUUAAAGCUCAUAUUUCUUUUUACUUGCAAAAAAAAAAAAAAAAAAAAUGUAAAUAAUUGGAUCAGGAGCCGUACCUUCUACAGCUCAUAUUUUUUUUUCUUUUUUAAUUGUAAGAAAAAAAAUAAUAUCUCAUUAUAAAUACAGAAAAAAUGAGCUUUAUUAGAAAAAAUAACAGUGGUGACAGACACUAUUACCCUUUUCUAGGCAGACUAGGAAAGAGUUUUUUUUUAUUAUUUUAAUAUUGUUUUGUAAAGCUUGAUUCUUUGGUCAAUUUGCUCUGCAACAUUUAUGCGAUUUUCAUAAACACCUUGUACCAUUCUUUUUAAAGUUCUGUGUAACAAAAUAUACUUGAUUGUGCAUUUAUUUAAUUAUACUUGUUGCCUGACACACUGUUUGAAAAGAAUGUUUUAAGCAACGGUAGCUGUUGCACAGGGCAUUGAAGAUGAGAAAGGAAUUUAGUGAAAGCAGAAAUAAAAGACAUUCUGUUUUGUAAUAGAAGACUGAUUCACAUUUCGCCUAUGUCAUUAGAAUUGUCAGCAAAUGAACUUCGUUUGUGCGGAUUUUUGAAGCGUCAAAAGGUGUACAUUGUGUUUAAAAGUAAAAGCUUCAAAAGUUUCUGUAAAGUAUUUUCCAUGCCAAAUAAAAUGUACUUGAAGCACUG